AGAGAUUUAAGAAGCUGCGUUGUUAUCGUGGAUUGAUUAGAUGUGGUUCAUCUGUCCAUUGAAUAAAGUCGCCAAGUCUAGAAAGGUGAAAGACAUCGUAUAAGGUUCUUGACAAAGGAAAAUGUAUAAAAAAGGAACAAUUUUUGCACUUACGGUGUGUUUGUUGAUUGCCGCAGCAGCCGCGCAGCUGUCCUCUAAAAGUGGUCAUUGUCCGUUAAAGGAAAGUGUAAAAAAUUGUUUCCCCAGAUGUGUUUCUGAUUUUCAAUGUUCCCCUAAUGAAAAAUGUUGUCCAAAUCAAUGCGGAUCUCAUUCGUGCGUACAGGCUAGUCUCAUAAGUACUGGUACUUCGUACAAAGGAUCACAAAGUGAUGGCGUCUACUGUGCCGGCGUAAAAUGUGGUCCAUACGAAAAAUGUCAGUUUGACCGUAAAACGAAACGUGAAAAGUGUGUUCGUACAUAAAUAAAUUUUCUGUCAUGUUUAUCUAUCUUACUGAAAUACGUUUUGAUAAGAUUGUAACUGAUUGAAUAAACUUUUAAUUCACAUA